GCAGCGGCCCGCGCCGAGCCGAGCCGAGCCGCCCGCGGGGUCGCCGCGCCCCAUGGACAGGCACAAAGUGAAGCGGCAGAGGCUGGACCGCAUCUGCGAAGGCAUACGGCCACCCAUUGUGAAUGGACCGAUGCCAGCCCGACCACUGGUUGCGCUCCUGGAUGGGAGAGAUUGUACUGUUGAGAUGCCCAUCCUGAAGGAUGUUGCUACAGUGGCCUUCUGUGAUGCUCAGUCGACUCAGGAAAUCCACGAAAAGGUGCUGAAUGAGGCUGUGGGGGCUCUCAUGUAUCACACCAUCACCCUAUCCCGCCAGGACCUGGAGAAGUUCAAAGCUCUCCGUGUCAUUGUGCGCAUUGGCAGCGGCUAUGACAAUGUGGACAUUAAGUCAGCUGCAGAAUUAGGCAUCGCAGUUUGCAACGUCCCUUCCUCCUCUGUAGAGGAGACUGCAGACUCUACCCUCUGUCAUAUCUUGAACUUGUAUCGCCGGGUGACUUGGCUCCAUCAGGCUAUGCGGGAAGGAAAUCGGGCUUCAAGCGUUGAGCAGAUCCGAGAGGUGGCUGGAGGUGCUGUGCGUAUCCGUGGGGAGACACUGGGCAUCAUUGGCCUGGGCCGUGUUGGACAGGCCGUGGCCCUGCGAGCUAAAACCUUUGGUUUCAAUGUGAUUUUCUACGACCCCUAUCUGCCGGAUGGAGUGGAACGGUCCCUCGGGCUGCAGCGAGUAGGGACUCUGCAGGAUCUUCUAAUGCACAGCGAUUGCAUUUCAUUGCACUGCAGCCUGAAUGAGCAUAACCAUCACCUCAUCAAUGACUUCACUAUUAAACAGAUGCGCCAGGGCUGCUUCCUGGUGAAUACAGCACGUGGGGGCCUUGUAGAUGAGAAGGCCUUGGCACAAGCCUUGAAGGAAGGGAGAAUCAGAGGGACAGCACUGGAUGUGCAUGAAUCUGAGCCCUUCAGCUUUGCCCAGGGGCCCCUAAAGGAUGCUCCCAACGUGAUCUGCACCCCUCAUGCUGCAUGGUACAGUGAGCAGGCUUCCAUAGAAUCCAGAGAAGAUGCAGCUAGGGAGAUCCGCCGAGCUAUCACAGGUCACAUACCCGAUGCCUUGAAGAACUGUGUUAACAAGGAGUAUUUGUUGUUAGCUGCUCAGUGGUCCAAUAUCGAUCCUGCAACUGUUCACCCAGAACUUAACGGAGCUGCAGCUUACAGGUUUCCUCCAGGAGUAGUGGGAGUAGCUGCUCCUGGCUUGCCAGAGCCAACGGUGUUGGAGGGGAUGGUGACUCACGGGAUACCCUCUGUGUCUCAUUCCACACCACGUACCCCUUCCCCAGGAGAGACGAGCAAACUGGACCCAGACAGAGAGAUCCCUGCUGACCAGUAGCAUCUUCUCUCUCAUUUCUCCUCUGGCAGCAGAAAAAGCAGGGGGAGAUCUCCCUGCUAGGACCUUCCCUAACUCCCUUUGAGACUGUUUCCUAUUCAUAUGGGACAGGAGAAUGCAUUUCAUUACUGGCAAACUUUUAGCUCUUGCCUUUCAACAGAUAUUUUAUAACCUGUUUUAGUUUUAAUUUCUUGGUGAAUCUGUCUUUUUGUCUGGGAUAGAACAGCAGUGACCUUGCUUCCCAUUUUGAAAUUCUUAGUUUGACCUGUAGGUUUCCAUGUCCCUGUCUCCUGUUGUUUCACAGGAAGGCACCUGGGCAUGCUCAAGUGCAGGAGCACUGGAGCUGACUGAACACAAAAGGCUCCCAGUGCUGCCAACAGACUCUGUAGGUUUUCAGCAGUGACUUGCACAGACUGCAGAUUUGAUAGUUUUUGGACAGUGAAAGUGAAGGUGAAGGGGGUGGGGGAGUGCUUUGAAGCAAGACUAGAGAACCUGGAGAGGCCAAGCAGACUGUGUCCUGAUACACUGCAGGGCAGGGAGAUGUGACCCUGUGCCCAGUGCUGUGCACUGCCCUGCGUAGCCUGACCCUGCUGUCUGUGAGCACAGGUGUAGCCAUCAUGAGGAGGACUGGUGCUUGGUCACAUGAAGUUUAGCUCCUGCAGUGCUGGGCAUGAACACAAGGGAAUUUGAGGCUAAAAGAUCUAAAGGAUUGACAGCAGUCACUUGCAUGCUGGCAGCCCAGGUGUUCAUGAGGCAUCAGGAGAGCUUGCCCUGCAAUCCUUACACUGCUCAGGGAGGGUCAGAACUGGCAGAAAUAGGGAGAGCGCAGCAAGUUGUAGCUAUUUGCAGCUGCUCUUGCUGUUUUUUUGUGCAUGUACCUUGCAAACUAAUGCUCUUCAUCAAAAAGAAUGUUCUGCUAGAAUACUUGGUAUGGUCUGUGCUAAAGAGUUUUGUUAGCAUAGCUGUGUUGGCUUGGAAUGUGAAAAACAUCCCCCCUCAAGCAGAUGUAGCUAAGGUGGCAAGUCCGUGUAGAUGAGUCUUUGCAGACAGAAGAGUGCUUUUCUUGCUAUAGCUAAUGUUUGGAAAGGUGAUGUAACCAUACUGGCAGAAAUGUCCUGCCAGCACGGCAUGGAACAUUUCUAGUGUAUCUGUACCAACAGAGACUUUGUAGUACUGACAACUCCCUAGAAAUCAGAAAAG